UAAGAUAAAAAAUGAUUCUAACAAAAAUUAUAUUAUUAUUGCUCAUUCAUUUAAUUCUUGGAUUAUACUUUAAUAAACUUCACUGUAAUUUUAUAAAGUAUAUGUUAAAUUUUUUUAAUCAUAACAAUCGAUAUUUAACAGAGAUUAGUGAAAAUAUAGAAAAAUAUGACGUGCUUAGUUUAAACAAAUAUGGUGACGCAAUAAAAACUCAUGGCGAAAUUUCACUGGUAAUGUUAUAUGUUUUAAGGGAAACUAACAAAAGUUUAUACUCAAAAGAAUUAAUGUCAGUCAAUUUAUAUUUAAAUAACGUUUCUGAAUAUGUCAAUUUCAAUGGUAAAAAUGAUGACGGAAUAUUUGAUUUGUCAGAUCAAACUUCAAGUAUUCUUAAAGGUUACACGAUACUUCAUGAUUUUUUUUUAGAUCAGUUUGAGAAGAUGACAAAUAAAGUGUGUAAUAAUGUGGAAUAUGAUGAGGUAUUUAUUUAUUGUCCUGAUUACAACGAAUCAGGAGAAUAUACUCCUGAAAGUUUUCAAUAUGUUGCAAAAAAACUUAAAAACCGAUUAUUACAAACUGAUAAGCAACAAAAUGACACUGAUGAUAACAUAAAAAAUUUAGAACACAGUGAAGUAUAUUUUGUCUUUAAUAAAGCUAUUAAAAUGUCUCAAUAUUGGGGAUUUUUACCUAAAAAUGUACUAUUAUAUGACUUAAUGAUGCAUAAUAGCGAAAAUCCAGAAAAAGAUCUAAUGAAAAGUUCUAAUGAUGAACAAAAUUUAAACAGUCGGAAUGAAUAUGCUCUAGAUUUAAUUCGAUUUGCACCGCUUAUUAAGAACUGUCCUGACAAAAGUGAAUUCACCCUCUUUGAUAUAUUUAGAUACGUCAAAUAUAGUUUUUACAAUAUAGAUGUUCAGAUAUUUCAUACACUAAUACUAACAGCAACAUUUCGUCCUAUUGCUUUACUCGUAAGACUCUUUAUCAAAAUUCUUAGUUCGUCGAUAUACCAAUACGAUUUUCAUAGUUACCAAGAAGAACCUUUAAAAUUCUAUAAACAUAUUAUUUCUGUUGGUGAAAGAAUAAUUGAAUGUUUUCAAAACUUUGUCAAUAUGAAUCUCUUCGGUGAUGACCCAACUGAUGUUUUUUUUAUACUUUCCAAAGAAACCUUUCAAUGCCUAAAACAUUUUAUUCAUAAAAAUUAUCAAUUACUCGUAUUGUCAUCUAAAACUUUGAUGAAUUCAAUAAAAUCAUUUUUGUAUAAAAAUAAUUUUGACAUUAUUGUUCUAACUGGAUAUUAUACAAAGAGUAAUAUUGAUGAUCGUUUGGAUGAAUUGGUUAUAAACCUGAAACAAGUAGAACAAUUUGUAACAGAAUUAAAAAGUCAUAGGGAACUUUUUGAAGUCAUGAAAAAAAAUUUCAAUAUUGAUCACAGGUUAAAUAUACAAAAUUCGUAUAUAUUUAAUGAAUCUAUAAUAAGCAAGUUAUGUCAAAUUAAACAUAAUAACACAUUAUUAUUUCAAUUCAAAAACGAUGACUUCAAAAAAAUAGGUGAUAUCAAGGGAAAAAAUACAGCUGAUGAUGAUGAAAAUAGAAACAAAAUUAUUAGACAGCAAAAUCAUUUUCAGGAAAAUAUAAAAAAUAAUUAUAGAUCUAAUGAUUAUAAACCUUAUCCUAUAUACCUGGUAAAUUAUAUAUUGAACACAAAAAAUGUUUAAAAUUUUAAUAUUUAUCAAUCAAUUUUCAGAUAUUUUGUACCCUGAUAUUAUAUUAUACACUAAAAUAUUUAAUGAUAGAAUUAUAGUAUAUUAUGUAAAUUGUAUUUGUUUUAAUUAUUUCUAUUUAUUAUUUUAAAAUUAUC